GCGCCGCGCCCGCCGUGAGUGUCCUGGCGGGCGACGCCCCCUUCGCCGCCGCGCCGCCGGGCAGGGCACCGCCGCCCUACUCGCGCCCCUCUCAGGACUCGUACUUCCCGGGCGCGCAGGACGCGGCCUUCACGCAGUUCCCCGACGACGGGCCGGGCGCGUCCGACUGGCGCAGCAUCACGGGCGCCACCGUGUGCCUGGAGGGCUGGGAGGAGGGCGAUCUGCGGCAGGUAUGGCCGGCGUCCAGCACGCCCAUGGACUCGCCGAGUCUGGGCGGCGUCCCUUCCGACGCGUGGGCGUGGACGCCGCAGAGCUCCGUCCCGCAGGAGCCGUGGCCGCUCCCCCCGCCCUACGAACUCGCGCUCAGCCCGGCCAGCAGGGAGGUCGCGCAGGGGCUCCUCCUCCAGGGGUCCUCCGCCCCCCGGGGCCGCCGCUCGGCCUCGCGCUCGCCGCUCAGCCCGACUGGCGCUGCGCCGACCCCCUCCCCCCGGGGGGAGUUCCCGCCCCGCUCGCCGCUGGCGCCGCCCGCCUCCCCCCGCGACGCCCGCCACGCCGAGCGACGGCGCUGGCGACGGCGGGAGCAUCCGCAGGAGGAGCAGCCGCAGGAGGGCCAGCAGGAGCGUGAAGAGGCGCGAGAGUGGCGGGGGCGUGGCAGCGGGUGGCGGCGCUCGCCGCGGCGACCCCGCUGCUCACACAGUCUGGUCCACAUGGACAGAGCGGGAGGAGCACGGCCGGUGGAGGCUGGGGGGCCCAGUCCCCCCAGGGAAGGCUCCCCCGGCCACCCCGCCCCCGAGAGCUCCGGCCGGCAGCACACGCCCCACGAGAGCAGCCAGGACGACGACGAAGACGACGACGACGAGGAGCACGAGGCCCAAGUGUGCGUCCCGCCAGAUCCUCGACUAUGGGAGGCGCCGCACAUCGAGUCCUGGGCUGGAUGGCUUCGAAAAGAGUUCCGAAUCAAGUCAGCGAUAGAUACGAAAUCUUUGCCGGAUACAGGCUGCGAUCUCUGCGCCAUGAGUCGCCGGGCCCUGCAGCGCGCUGUGGGGAAGCGGGUGGGCCGGUUGAUGGCGCAGCACUUGGACAUCUGCCUCGAGAGAUUCGGCGCUCACCUGCCCACGCAAGACCGGGACGGGAACACCACGCUGGAGGAGGAGGAGAGCGACGAGGAGGAGGACGACGACGAUGAUGAUGUCGACCCGUACGAGCUCCUUGGCCCUCGCUCGUCUCGCCUCGCCGCCCAGGGCUCGGGGCAGAUCCAGCUGUGGCAGUUCCUCCUGGAGCUGCUGUCGGACCCCGCCAACGCCGCCGUCAUCACCUGGGAGGGCACCGCCGGCGAGUUCAAGAUCCUGGACCCUGACGAGGUGGCGCGGCGCUGGGGCGAGAGGAAGUCCAAACCCAACAUGAACUACGACAAGCUCUCGCGCGCCCUCAGGUACUACUACGACAAGAACAUCAUGACGAAGGUGCACGGCAAGCGCUACGCCUACAAGUUCGACUUCCGCGGCCUGGACCAGGUCCGGCAGCAGCAGAGCGCGGAGGCGCAGCGCUACCCGCCCGACCUCAGUUUCCUCACGGGCUACUCGCACCUGCUGGGGGGGACGUCGCCCCUGGCCGGCGGCCCCCUGGCGUCGCCCUCCGCCCCGCCGCCGCCGCCGCUGCUCUCGCCGCCCCCGUACUGGGCGGCGGUGUCCUCGGCGGCGGCGCUGGCCACCACCUCGCCGCUGGCCACCUCCUCCCCCCUGGCCACCUCCUCGCCGCUGGCCAGCUCGCCGCCCCUCGGCCUGCACGCGGCGCCCCUGCCCUCACCGCUCGGGUCGCCGCCCGCCGACGCCCCCGUCACCACCACGACCGCCCGGACCUUGCCCCACUACCCGUACUCGUCGUGAGCUCCGCGCGGGGAGUGUGGGAGGCCCAGGACGCUUCCCCGGGGCUUCAGAAGGGCAGAGUCGAGGUGCGGACGCGACGGUCUCGUUCACAUACACCUCCGCGCCUGCUGGAGGACCGAGAGGGGCUCCUCCAAGGCGCUGCUCGUACGUCGUGUAUAGUAAUACAUUCCUGCUUUUCAGUGGAUGUGAACGAAGCGGCAGCCCAGCUCACUUCAGGCAGUCUCUACCAACCUGCUUUUUGUCGCAUGAAGUAGUUCAGAUCUGCGCGUCUCUACCGAUCCCUUUAAUCCUUAGAAUGUUUACUAGUUAAGGUCCUCAAGAGUGGGGAAAGGAACCGACGUUAAGGAAACCAUCGCUUGGUAAAUCACACACGUGUUCCUACUUCCCUUGUUCCUCGACUUAGAGUAAAAUGGAGAUGGAGAUUUAGGUUUACAAGAGAGUAAUGUGUGGCUUAGCAGAGGAGAACCACCAGCCGGAAACCACAUCAAAUAGGUCCUUCUUCGAUACAUUAUUUGAAAAUCAAAAACAAAAGCAGAUUACUCAUUUUUUUAAGAAUAGGAGAAUUGGAGGAAGGUGAAGGAAAAGGCAAAGAAAAUUAGGGAAAUAUAGAUAAAAAUACUCUUUUUCUUGAAAUAGGAAAAUCGGAGGAAAGGAAAAGAAAAAGAUAAAGAAAAUUAAGGAAAUCAAGAAAAAAAUACUCUUUU